AUGGGAGCUGAGACAGGCUUCUCACUGCCGCACCCCCCGCCCCUCCUAGGGACCCCAAGUCCAAGCGGAGAGCGCAAAGAAAGAGGCCUUUCCUGGACUGUAUCUGAGAGCUCGCAGGUUGCUAAGCCAACAGAAUUGGUCUCAGAAAACAAGGAAGAAAUUCUUCUGCAAGAGGAAUUCAUUUUAUGUUGUGGAGUUGAAACCCAUGUUAUAAAAUGUGGACCCUGUACUGACCUCAUAAAUUAUCAAAGUGGCAACCAGCCUAAGCUUCUUAUUUUCAUUAUUACUGGUAAUCCAGGUUUUACUUCCUUUUAUACACUGUAUCAACGUUUUCCAGUUUGGAUUAUCAGUCAUUCUGAGCAUGUCAUGGCCCCCAAAGACAAGAUUCUUACAGCCUCAGAUGAGUCAAAUGCUCAAGAAGUCAAGGACAUCUAUGGACUCAGUGGUCAAAUAGAACAUAAGCUGACUUUCCUGGGAGUUCACAUGCUAAAACAUAUGAAACUUAUGGUCAUUGGCCAUUCAAUAGGCUGUUAUAUGGCCCUUCGGAUUUUGAAGGUUGUUCCUGAGCUCCAAAUAAUUCACGCCUUUCUGCACUUUCCAACAAUUGAGCGCAUGUCUGAAUCCACCCAUGGAAGGAUAGACACUCUGCUUCUUUGUUUGCUUCAUUAUGCUCUCUAUGCUACUGGCUACAUAAUACUGAAACCCUGUCCUGCAUUCAUCAAGACCUUAAUAAUUAAAAUGUACUUUUGGUUCAUGAAUAUGGAGAAUAAACAGACCAGUCCAUAUUUACUUGAACCAUUUUGCCUUGCCAAUGUAGCCUAUUUCGGGGUCCAAGAGAUGAUGGAUGUGGUAGAAAGGGACAACAAAAUCAUAAAAGAACAUUUAUCUAAGCUAACAUUUUACUAUAGAACUAUAGAUAAUUGGUGUUCAGUAAGUUAUUAUGAAGAUAAAGAUUUUCCAGAAGGAGACAUUCAUCUCUGUAAGAAAAAAGUAUCUCAUGCUUUUAGCCUCAAUUUUUAUCAAGAAAUGGCCACUAUGGUAGCAGACUGGCUAAAGGAUGAUCUGUCCAAAAUAAAAGUACCAAUGCAAAGAAUGAAGAGAUAGACAGCUAGCAUAUAGAAGCUGUGUGCUUGCUGUCUCUUAGUAAUAAGUAGCUUAGUG